UGGACAGUGUCGCCAAUCUCUGUCCCAACCAUGAUCCAACACUGCUAUUGUGACCAGUCUUUUUUCCUGCUUAACUUGACAAGAUGCUGGUCCCGUAUGAUGAGAAGAGAAGUUGGUGUCUGUUCUGCCUGGCACAGGGCUCUAAAGAGGACACAGAUUAUCGAUCUGUGACAUGAGUACAGUCGCUGUGGUGAUGAAGCCUUGAUGAAACGACACAUGCACAAGCUACGUAACUGCCAUUACCUCUCUGCUUGCAUGAGUUUCACACUGUGGGAGCCCCUGCUUCUGUCUCCAGUUUGACCCAGGACACUUUUGGCAUCUACAUCCACUUUCAUCUCUGAAACCAACUUCAACAAAUGAAGCAAAGUACCUGAAAUACUGGAAGUUUUCCUCAUUUUUCUUUUUCUUUCUUUUUUGCUCAAGGCAGAGAUCACUUUCUUUGCAGAAUGAAACAACGAAACCAAACAACUGUGGGAUCUUUCACACCGACUUCUCUGAGGUUUUCAGAUGGGAUGCAGAUGGACGGACAGCAAUACAAGACACUCAUCUAGCACAAGUGAGUAAGUGUUUUACAGGAGGUGAAGCACAGCAUGUUCUCUGUACAGUCAUGGGACAUAGAAAAGUUACUUGUGCUUUUGGAAAUCUGUGUCCUCUAAUAUUCUGACAAUCAACCCAUGUUCUCCACACUAAUUUAAAGUGUUGUCUUUGAUUUUGGCUGUCUGAGCUGUGCCAUGCCUGACAUGGAGACCUUUUACUACCCCAUACGUCGGUCCUCAAGCCUCUACCUGGACCCUAGGCUUAUACAGCGACGUAUCUUGGAAGAUCAAGUGGAAUUAUGGUGGUUCAGAGACCCACAACGCUCCUUGUUGUGCUACUGUGCCUCUGUUGCCCUCAUACUCGGACUGGGCCUUGGUGGUGUGGGGCUCCUCUCCACCACCACAAGCCUAUCUGGGGAAUGGCGCCUAGGGGUGGGCACCACCCUCUGCCUCUUGGCACUUGCUGUCCUGCUCAAGCAGCUUCUCAGCUCUGCCAUCCAGGACAUGAACUGCGUGCGCAGCAGGCGUCGGAUCGACCAGCUGAAAAGUGGUGGGAGGGCCGACCCCGCGCUGAUUUUAGCUGUAGGGCUGGCAGUCAUGCUGUGUGGGACGGUGCUAAUCUUUGUGGCCACCAUCGGCAGCCAAGGUCACGACAGCAGGGAAAUGUUGGUUUCUGGUCUGGUGUUGAUGGCUGCAGGGACGGGCAUGUCUCUAGCUGUAGCGGGCUACAGUGUGCUGGCAUACAUCAAAAGAAGAAGGGAUCAGAGGAGGAGGAGGAGAAUGAGGAGAAUGAGAAGGAGAGGGAAUCAAGCUGUCUGUGUGUUCAGUGUUUCUGGAGGACAAAUGAGUCAAGCCAGGAGAGAGACCUCAUCGAGCAGGACCAGCCUGAUCUGAAAGGACUUAAAAUAUCUGAGACUGGAUGAAGUGGUUUAAAGCUAAAGGAACUAAUAGUAGCACCGAGGAGGUUGUGUCAAUAUCCAAAUCAAGUCUUCACAGAUUUUCUUUCCACUCUCUUUAUUGUUUGCCAUUACCAUAAAAACUGACUGCUGAACUCUGAACACCAUCACUGCAGUACAGUCACAUCAUUUCUACAAGAACAAUAGGCUGCUGUCAACAAUGGCUCUGUAAUUUGAUAAGCGAAUAUUUCCCUCCUUUGUACUGUCUGAAGGCUCAUUUAUGCUGUGUCUGACUGAUUAUAGUUGUAAAUAAAGAGCAGAUGUCACA